AUAAUUUCAUCAUUCAACUCUCAUCUCAACAUUACUCAAAAAUCAAAAACCAUUCCCAUUAAUUAUUAAUCCUUCAAUUUUUCAAUUAACCAUCCCCAUAUGAUGAUGAAGAGGAGUAGAGACGGCGACGACGACGACAACGUGGCCAACUUCCUAAUGCUAUUAUCUGCCGCCGCUGCGGCCAACCAUGGCAGCAGCGGCGACAGAGUCCUUGCAGGUGAAGAUUCAUCGCGAAUCUUCACAUGCAAGACAUGCAACAGGCAGUUCCCGUCGUUCCAGGCGCUCGGCGGGCACCGCGCCAGCCACAAGAAGCCGCGUCUGGGCGGCGGAGAGCCGCCGUCGCCACCGAAGCCGAAAACGCACGAGUGCGGCAUCUGCGGGCAGGAGUUCCCGUUAGGUCAAGCCCUUGGAGGCCAUAUGAGGAAGCACAGAGCGGCUGUGGUUGAUCAGAACCACCAUGAGGCGGCGCCGUUCUCACUUUUUCCGGUGGUGAAGAAAGCCAACAGCAGGAGGGUUUUCUCUCUCGAUCUCAAUUUGACUCCGUUAGAGAACCAUUAUUUUUUUGUUGCUUCUUCACAAAUAUAAUUAGUUCUUAAUUUACAUUUUUUUGGUAUUUUUUUGUAUAUGUUGUUUCAUUUCUUUUUAAAUAGGAAUAUUGAUUUUUUCAAGUAUUGAUUGUCUCUUAAGAUCUAUUUAUAUAUGCAUGAUCUACUAAUUAAUCAA